CCCACCCAGUGAAUCCCUUGGAAGAGUGCAGAAGGAGACUAUCACCAUGGCGAUAUUGACCAUCAUUCUGCUUGUCAGCACGGCUUUUGCUCUGGGAGAUGGUACGAAAGGACCCAAGACCCCAUGUGAGGAUGCUAGAGAUGCCGUAACACAUGGCCCAAUUGGAGCCUACACCCCCACGUGUGACGCCGCAGGACGAUACACACCUGAGCAAUGUUCGGGUUCUACAGGUUACUGUUGGUGUGUGAACAGUUCUGGACAGAAGAUCCAGGGUACUGAGACUCCACCAGGCACUGUUAUCAACUGUUCCACCAAGAUGAAAGGCGUUGGAAGUAAGAUGUAGAAGACGGCCAGUUGUCUUUACUGUACUACAGGAACGGAUUCACAUCCCAUACAAAUAAAUACAUGAAGGAAUCCAGAGAUUAAAGUGUUGAUU